AUGUCUAAUCUUCUUUUUCUGUUAUGCUGUGCGGCGGUCUUUGCCGGCAGCUCCGCGUUCUCAAUUACAUUGAGACAAAAUCCGGAGACGCUGUGCAUAGGCCAAGAGAACUUCCUGAGAAUUGCUCACGUGGACAGCUGCUUUAAAUACUACCAGUGCUACUCCGGUCAAUCCUACUUGAUGCAAUGCCCUCCAUCCGCAUGGUUCAAUGAACAGCAGCAACACUGCGACUGGUCAGAAUUACCGGCACAUUGCCAACAAUCUGAGCCUGAGCCAGAGCCAGAGCAAGAGCCUGAGCCCGAGCCAGAGCCCGAGCCAGAGCCAGAGCCUGAGCCCGAGCCUGAGCCCGAACUAGAGCCCGAGACCGAGUCCGAGCCAGAACCAGAAUCGGAACCGGAAGUAGAAGAGUUAGAAGAGGAACCUUCGUCAGAGGAAUCUUCAUCUGAGGAAGGUUCGGGAGAAGAAUUUGAAGUAGACACUGUCCAACGUAAUGUAAAAACACAUAAAAACAUCGAACAGGAAGAAAUAGAAGAUGAUAACGAGGAAGAAGAAAAUAACGAGAUAGUUGAAUCUAAAAAACUAAAGCAAGAGGAAAGCGAUGAAUUUGAUGGUGAGUAUAUUGAAGCGCAGGAAGAAACUUUAGAUGAGGAGAAGAUUAAGAGUGGUAAAAGACUAAAGAGACAAAACGAAAUUGAAGAAGAAUCAGAAGAUGCCGAAGACAAAGACUGUGACGAUGAAGAGAAAUCUAACAAAAAACAUCAAGAAAUCGACGAGGAAUCUGAUGAAUCGGAAGAAGCUAUUGAGGAUGUCGAAGGGCUCAAAAAGAGACAAGAAGACGUUGAAGAGGAAGAUGAAGAAGAAUCUAAUGCUGAAGUAGAAGAGGCAAAGAAAAAACAAGAGGAAGUUGAUGAAGACGCUGAAGAUGAAGAAGAAGCCAGCGAUGAAGAGGCUGACAAGAGAAAAGAAGAGGUUGAAGACGACGAUGAAGAUGAAGAGAAAGAUAGUGAUGAAAACGAAGAGGCUGAGAAGAGGCAAGAGGAAGAUGAAGAGGAAGCUGAUAAUGAAGAUGAAGAAGAGGUAAAAAAGAAACAGGAAGAGAACGGGGACGAUAGUGAUGAUGACGACGAAGAUGAUGACGAGGAAGACGAUUCAAAAAAGAGACAAGAAGAGGUAGAAGAAGAGGAUGAUGAAGAAGAUGUUGAAGAGAAUGAAAAGCUAAGAAAUAAAGCGAAAAGGUUCUUUAAGCGUAUGAUGAGCGUGAACUAA